AUGCUGUACGCCGAGAACGACAAACUAGUCUUUCGAUUUGACGACCACUUGCUCUGGAUCCAACCAUGGGGUGAGAAUGCAUUCCGUGUGCGAGCGACCAAGCUCGCUGCCAUGCCCACCGAGGACUGGGCUCUUGAAUCCGAGCCAGAUAGCCCGUCUGUCACGAUCGAGACACCCGCCGGGGAAGAUGCAAGCAUCACCAACGGCAAGAUCCGAGCGACGGUCUCCCAGCGAGGCAAGGUGAUCAUAUACGAUCGCAAGGGCAAAAAGCUCCUCGAAGAAUAUGCCCGAAACCGACAAGACCCUCGCGAUCCCAAAUGCAGUGCCCUUGAUAUCGAGGCUCGCGAGCUCCGACCCAUUCUCGGCGGCGAUUAUCAUCUCAAGCUCCGGUUUGAAUCGCUUGAUGCCAAGGAGAAAAUCUUUGGAAUGGGACAGUAUCAGCAGCCGUAUCUCAAUCUCAAAGGGGCGGAUUUGGAGCUAGCACAACGCAAUUCGCAGGCUAGUGUGCCUUUUGCGGUAUCAUCGCGCGGGUACGGGUUCCUUUGGAAUAACCCUGGCAUUGGGCGAGCCACCCUAGGCACUAAUGUAAUGAGCUUUGAGGCAUAUUCCACCCGUGCGCUAGACUAUUGGGUAGUCGCGGGUGACUCACCAGCGGAGAUUGAAGAGGCCUAUGCAAAGGUGACUGGAUAUGUUCCAAUGAUGCCCGAGUAUGGCCUCGGUUUCUGGCAAUGCAAGCUCCGGUAUUGGAACCAGGAGCAGUUGCUUAAUGUAGCAAGAGAGUACCGACGGCGCGAGGUUCCGCUCGAUCUGAUUGUUAUUGAUUUCUUCCAUUGGAAGCACCAGGGAGAAUGGAGUUUUGACCCUGAGUUCUGGCCUGAUCCUGACGCCAUGAUGAAAGAGCUCAAAGAGCUCAAUGUAGAACUCAUGGUCUCCGUCUGGCCAACGGUCGAGAAUGCCUCAGAGAACUUCCCCGAAAUGCUUGAGCGUGGACUCCUGAUCCGACAUGACCGCGGCCUGCGAGUGGCCAUGCAAUGCGACGGUGAUAUCACUCACUUCGACGCUACAAACCCCGAAGCCCGGAAGUAUGUCUGGAGCAAAGCAAAGAAGAACUAUUACGACCGAGGAAUUAAGGUAUUCUGGCUCGACGAGGCGGAACCCGAAUACUCGAUCUAUGACUUUGAUAUCUUCCGCUAUCACGCCGGCAGUAACCUGCAGGUAGGCAAUAUCUAUCCAAAGGAAUACGCACGUGGAUUCUAUGAAGGAAUGCAAGCCGAGGGUCAAACGAAUAUCGUCAACUUGCUUCGCUGCGCAUGGGCGGGUAGCCAGAAAUAUGGCGCACUUGUCUGGAGCGGAGAUAUUGCAUCCUCGUGGGACUCGUUCCGGAAUCAGCUCGCCGCAGGCUUGAACAUGGGCCUCGCUGGUAUUCCUUGGUGGACUACCGAUAUUGGCGGGUUCCACGGCGGUAACCCAGAUGACCCAGCCUUCCGCGAGUUAUUCACUCGCUGGUUCCAAUGGGGAACCUUCUGUCCAGUGAUGCGACUGCAUGGGGAUCGAGAACCAAAGCCCGAGGGCCAACCGACCGCCAGCGGCUCUAACAAUGAGAUUUGGUCGUAUGGAGAGGAGAUUUAUGAGAUUUGCAAGAAGUUCAUUGGGAUUCGGGAAGAGCUGCGUGAGUAUACGCGAGGUUUGAUGCGGGAAGCGCAUGAGAAGGGCACGCCGGUGAUGCGCACGCUGUUUUAUGAGUUCCCUCACGACCCUAAGGCGUGGGAUGUCGAGACAGCGUACAUGUUUGGCUCUCGAUAUCUGGUGGCUCCUGUCUUGGAAACUGGGCAGCGCACGACUAAGGUCUAUCUGCCGGAUGGGGCGCUAUGGACGCUCUGGAGCAAGGUGAGUCUUCCUCAAGUGGAUAUCCCAAGGGUCUAUCAGGGUGGAAGCGAGGUAGAAGUGGACUGUCCUAUUGAGACGAUGCCCGUUUUCUACCGCGUGAACAUCUGA